AUGGAUAAGGCCGGAUCUCGUAAAGAGCUCAGUGAGGACAUGACCCGUGAGUCUCUCAUCGCAAUCUCCUAUGUGUCACCAGAUAACGAUCCAACGGAUGUGAUGAUUUUGCCCGGCAAAAUCAACGGUGAGAAUGAUGAUCAACCUCUUGACAAUGAUGGGGAAGAUAAAUUGAGGUCUGAGCUUAUCUCGAUUUCUGAUUUACCGCCUCCUGAGGAGAACGUGCUUCCGCCCUUGCCCCCUCUAAAGUUCAAUCCACUGUGCUUCCCGUUCACUUUCGCUGCGAUUUUCGCGUGGACAGGCCUUCCCUCUCUUGCUAGACGGACGAACGAGAGCGAGCAAAGGUAG